AAUGAAAGGGAAGCAGUACAGUUUACGCUGAGCUGACUAGUAUAACAGAGAUCCACAUACAUUGUCGAAUUCAACCUCUGAACAUAAAUAAGUGAGCAAAUAGAGAUACUUAAUAUAUAUUUAUAUAUACAUAUAUAUCUCACACAUACAAAAUGAGCUCUAUAGGACGCACACGUAGCACAGGCAUCCGCAGUAGUGCGCGACGAAUCAGGGAAGCACUUUUAUCCGAUGGCCAACGAACACCCGAAACACUGGAGAGUGGUGCAGUGGUCAAUGUGUCUACGAUAAAUGAGCCUGUUAAUACCGAUACAUCGGAGAAGGAGGAUACUGAUAUAAAUAUGAGUGAGAGUAUAGUAGAUGCCGAGAACACUGUGGGCGAGCGUCAGGUAGAUACGGAUGACAUGGAAGUAGACAUAGACAAUCAACAAGAUCGUCGUACAAAAAGGGGUAAACCUAAGAGCGUGCGAUCACAACGCAGUCAGGAUACACAGACACUGGUACAUGAAGAUAUAGACACAAUACCUGGAAGUGUGGUAGAUAGUGUUGAUCAGAGUGUGGAGGAGGAUGGUAUAAAGAUGGUUGAGAUAAAUGAUAUCUCUGCCUUGACCUCCAUGGCUACUGAAAAUGACAUACCAACGAGUGAUACGAUACCACAGGAACAUACUCGUGCGCAAACAAUGGAUACAGAUGACAUAGCUGACACAACUGAAACACAGGACGUGUCAGCUGAGAAAGGAGAGCGAGGUGUACGAGAGGGCAGCCUUGCGCUUCAUGAUGAUGGUAACGUAGCACAGGAAGGGAUGAAGUACAAGUCCGAAACGCAGGCGUUGUUUGACGAUUCAAGUGAUGAGAGUGAUGAAGACGUGCCCCUGACACUGGGUAGUGGUAGUAGUAAGAAUAAGAGUACCUCUGCUCACAACGCCGCAGAUAGUGAUGGUGAUGUCAAUCGUGAUCGCUUUAACCGCACAGACAGUGAACACAAUGAACGAGGCUCAGACGCACAGCCAGGGGAUGGUAGUGAGCAGGAGAGCAGCGGUUCAGCCUACACGAAAGCACACGAUGACACGCACACAGUAGUAGAUGGUGACAGCCACACGAAAGGUGAGAGUGAUCACGCCUACGCUUCCUCGCCCACGGGACGUCCCGCCAAAGGGUCUAAGGCACGCGCAGAGGCCAAGGGGAAAGUAGUACGAAAGACCAGCAAGCCCAGACCGCGCAAGGACAAGGAGGGGGUGGACGGGGUGGGUAGCCAUAAGGGCGGUAGCCGGGUGGGUAGCAGUAAGGACAAGAAGCUGAGCCGACCCAAGAAGGGAAUGGCGGAUAAGAAGGCGCUAGAGGAUAAGAUAGCGAACACCCUGAACACCAUAUAUGCGGAAUCUAAGGUUAAGCAGGCACCUCGCAUUGUCAAGAUAUCGGGGCAUUAUACGGCCCUGAAUAAGGUUGGUAGGAAGGACGAGAGUGUGGCGGAGAUGAAGGAGAUCCCGCUUGACUGGGAUGGGGAGACGGUCAAUACCGGGAUGAAGCGGGACGACACCGGUACAAAAAGCAGCGGCGCUGGUACGACGCACAACUCAAGUACCACCAAUCCCAAAAAACGCACCAAGCGCGAGCGAAGCUCAGACACCGCUGUCAGUGGGUCGAGUGUUAGAACCAAGCCGGCCAAGGUAUCUGUGGCAAACGAAUGGGGCGAUACGGAUUGCCUGUCGUAUAUUGACUCGUACAAGACAGUGGUAGGUAUUACCAGCGCGUUUGGCCGAGAUAUGGGGAGUGGCGAGGGUAGUGGGAAAGCGCGGCGAGCCUCGAGCUCGGACACAAGUAGUCCUAGAGGGUCCAGAAGUAAGAAGGAGGUGCGUUCGCGUCGUGAGGGGGAUGGAGGUGGGGCGGCUAUGGGGUUGGGAAGCGAUGGUGUGGAAGGGCAUGUGAAGAAGUUAACGAAUGUCAUUCCACGUAAGUCCAGGAAGAAUAGGGCUAUGCUGAGCUCGAGCGAGGAGGAGGACUUCGAAAUGGGGAUCUCGUCGAUUGAACCUCGCAAUCGUGGGGAAUUGUCGAGGAAAGCGCGCCAGGAACCUCAGCGUAGCAACGAUGCAAAUCGCAGGCGAUCAGAAAUUGAUACCCCUCAAACUAAGACGGAAGCCCCGAAAGUGACCGGGGAAUCAGCGCAUGAAGGAUAUGAACUACUAGAAUCAAGCAUACGAUUAGUAUCUAGUAAGGAGCCCAUGAAGCGAAAGGAGGCUAAUAUGGUCUGCGAUUGUACCUAUGACAACGAUGAAGAUGAGUUAGAAGACGCGUGUGGUCCUGGGUGCCUUAAUCGCAUUAUGCGCCUGGAGUGCAGGCCUGAACUAUGUCCCUGUGGCUCGCGUUGUCAGAACCAAAGCUUUCACAAGGGAUUGCAAGUGCCAUUGGAAGUGUAUGAAACGGAGAAGAAGGGUCGGGGACUACGUUCGCCCGAGAAGCUGACGGGCGGGUCCUUUGUGAUGGAGUAUGUGGGGGAGAUCAUUGGACAAGAACAGUUCAAAGAGCGCCUAGUGACCUAUGGCGAGGCAGGCAUCAAGCACUUCUACUUCAUGACUUUGGGUCCAGACGAAUUUAUCGAUGCUACCAAAAAAGGAAGUCCGUCCCGAUUUUUCAACCACAGUUGCGACCCGAAUUGCGAGACCCAAAAGUGGGUGGUAGAUGGCGAGACCAGGAUUGGUAUCUACACGACGCGUGAUGUGGAACCGAAUGAAGAGUUGACAUUCGAUUAUCAAAUGGAGCGCGAAGGAGAAUUGAACCAAAAGUGUCAUUGCGAGAGUAAGAACUGUCGCAACUGGCUGAGUAGUCAGAAGAAACGUCCCACUCACCCAGCAAGAGGGCAGUCACUCGUUGAUGUGGAACCAGAGAAGGUCAAUGUGGCGGCUGCCUUCAAGACGCUCAACAAGCAUAAUGCGCUGGCGUUUAUCCGUACAUUGCUGACGGUGAUCAAUGACAGUGACUAUCUGGAGGACGGGAUGGCCCUCAUGCUGUGCUUGGAUCCGGAUAAGCUCAAACCAUCGGCCGUACAGGCUCUGCUGAAGUUCAGGUUACUCAAAGGUCUGCGUUUGUUACUUGACAAGUCGGUCGAGAGCCUUGCGCAGGUAUCAACACUAGAAAACCGACGCGCGCUGGAAGGGUUGGUGGAUAAGACAGUGACGGCUAUAGCGGACGUGGCUACGGAUGCGAGUGUCGCUGUAGCUGAAGGGGCAGCGAUGGACAACGACACCACUACAGAGGCGGAUCAGCAAUUAACACAGGGCGCAGGCGAACAAGAGAGUGUGCGUGCAAUAGCCAAUGGGGACGGUAUGAGUGGGGCGGUGAAAGCAGAAGCAACGGCAGAUGGCACUGACACGCUUGGUGGUGGUAACGAGGAGAUCGAUCAAGACCCAACGGAUACCGUCUCUUCAGAAGACGCCAAGGCCGCUCAAACAGGCGCGGAUGCCGUUGCCAUAGAUACGGACAAUGCUGGCCCCAAGCCGUCUCCGAUUGAGGCUGUGAAUAAGCAGGAAUCACAAGACCUGAUAGUGUCCACAGAAGACACUGAUGCGCCUGAGCCCUCUGUGACUGAGGCUGAGCACACGCAGGAUCCCGAAGACCAGACAGCACCCGCAGAAGUAAAGGGAGAAGUGGUAGACGUGGUGACAGAAAAGGCGCAACCGCCACAGGACUUUGUGGAGGAAGAUCUGUAUGCGCUCGCCACAUCGGUAAUUCGCAACGACGUGCCUGUGGUGGUUGAUGCGGCGGAGACAGCCCAGCUAAGGCAACUCCAGAUCAUUAUUCUAAGGAUUCUCUCUAAGAUCGAGUUCCAAUUCCGCAACCCAAUCGACGAUGGUAAUAUGUGGCCUGUGAUCAAGAGCCUGGCUAAAGAAACGAACAAAGACAUAUCCGACGCCGCCGGACGACUGAUAACCCGUUGGAGCAGUCUUCGCAAAGAAAUCAAGAUACCAAAGAAGACCCGAGAGGACAAAGAGAAGGAGAAAUCCGACAGAGAAAAAUCCGACAGCCGCGAUAGGACUAGAAGGGCCAGUGAACUCAAUAAUGACUAUAGCUCUGCGUACGCCGCUGCGGCCAGCCGAUUCGGCACUCACAACAGACUACGCGGGAGUAUUGGUGAGGUGCCCCUCAAACCAACACACAGCACACAUAUCCACACCCACACGCCUAAAGACCUCGAUCUAGAACAGAUAUACAAUGAGAUGAUGGACCAGCUCCCUGGGCAGGCUGGCGUGCAGGCACACGCACAGGCACACACUGUGGGUCGACGGGGUUUGUAUGAGAGUGUGAGAGGUGGCAAUGGACUGACAUACAGGGAGAUGGGAGAGUUUAGUAUAGACCCGGGUGCGCACAUUGCCAUGUCGCAUACAGAGGCCGGCGUUAAACCAGUGCAUGGUAUGGCCGAGGGAGGGUCCCUGGCCUACAACAGCCGGAUCGCACCUUCAUACGGCAUGUACAGUCAGCAGUACCAUCAGUCAUACACCCAUGCCCAGGGUUGGCAACAGAGCAUUGCACAGCAACAUAAUGACAUCCCUGACCCACGGAUCCAACCCCUCGCGCCCCCUGAGGAAGCCUUGCCAGCAGGCUGGAUGUCUACCAUGGAUCCCAAGAAGCAACGAGUGUACUACUACCACGUAGACACUAAUCAAACACAAUGGACUAAGCCAACAGCCGAUACAGUACUGCACACCAUAGCACCACAACCCUCGCUAGCAGACGAGGUGCCAGCUAGUAAAAGCCCCACAUCACCCUCCGGUUCAAGAGACUCCUUGAAACGCAAGAGUGAGGCGGCAGAUAAAGCUUCCGAAUCCGCUCACAAGAGGCAGAAGACCAGCGUCGAAGAUACGAAGACACUCGAGGAGAGGAAGCGCAAUUUCAGAGCUAUGGUCUCCAAAUCUGUCAUCAAAGUACUGGGCAAGUACAACAAACCCGGCUGCAAAUUCGGCCGCAUCACAAACAAGGACGAUUUCAAACAUCUCGCUCGAAAGAUCACCCAUAUGAUUGUCGAGAGGCAUACCAAGAAGAACGAUUUUAGUGCCACUGAAGCGGUGCACGAGAAACUUGAGAAAUACAUCCACAAGUCCAUGAAGAAGCAAGGGAGUGUCUACACGCGCAAAACCAUGGACUCUGAUAUCGAGUAUGCAGACACCAACACCGCAGCCAAGCGAUUGACGCAUCUGAAGGAGCGGAGACGAAGGAAAGAGGCCGAGGCUAGGCGUAAAGAGCGGCGACGCAGUGAUAGCAAGUAUGUGUCUGAUGCUGUCAGUUCACCGAAAGAGGGGUUGACCUGGAAUGAGAGCACCGCUCGAGUGGAUGGGCAUGUAGAUGCGGCGGCGGGGGGGGGGGUGGAGUAUAUGGAAGAGGAUAGUGACAUGCAUAUUAGCGAUGACAGUAAUGACCUUAUGGAUUAG